AUGGAAAACUCCCUACGGUUCUUUGCUGAUCACAACCCUUCCCUUCUGAUUCCUAAAGCUUUUGCAGCCAUCUCCUCACAGCACUUUGAUAGCAGCUGUCUUCUUCCUUCCAUCUUCUUCAUUGCUAGUGCACUCCAGCAUUCUGGAACGUAUUCACUAUUAACUCUAGCAUCGGAAGCAAUUUGCCAUUUGAUAUAUCCUUUCAGAUGGCAGCAUGUCUAUAUUCCACUGCUUUUCUUUAGUGGAGUAGACUACAUUGAUGCUCCUACACCAUAUAUGAUGGGACUUCACUCAGGCGUUGACACAUAUUCUUUGUCGAUGGAUGGUGUAGUUGUUGUGGAUCUUGACUACAAUCGCAUUACCACAUCAGAAGAAAUACCUCCAAUACCAGAGCCUGAACUAAGUUUCUUACGCAGUGAGAUACUAAAGCUGCUACACCCAAAUGUCACAUUGAUAGAUCACUUGAAGAUCAAUUUUGGUAGUAUGUCAGAGCAGUAUAUUAAGUGUGGCAACAAACCCUGGGGAGAGGAGCAUAACUUUCAACUUAGAUUGAUAUUUUUAAGGUUUUUGGCAUUGCUCCUAAGCGGAUAUCGUAACUUCAUUGAACCAACUACAAAUGUGUUCAAUUCUCAAGCAUUUUUGAAGAAAUGUUCUCGCGCUACUGGCGAACCUAUUGAAUCAAUGUUAAUGAUGACUCAGUUCUUAGAGUCGCAAGGUUUUAUGGACUAUUUGGAAAGAUGUAUCAUGUCAGAGGAAAGCGGCAAUAACCUACUGGACAAAUUACAAGAUGCCACAGGGAGGGGUCAGGACCCUAUUUCAAUUUUUCCAACACCAUCUUCAGAAUUUGAGAUCACUACUGUAUCAGUGACUGAAGUUGAAGUUUCAGAACCAGGUUCUAGGCACUGUUAUAAGCGGUUUCCUUCAACAGUUAGAACAGAAGAGCAAGAAGAGAAGCGCAGGUCAAUUCUGGCAUUGGCAAACUCUGCUCAUUCUGGGAGACACACAAUUAGUUCUCCAAUGGUAGCCAAUGGUGAUCCAAAAGCAGAAAGCUUAAGUUCAAUGGAGAGAGCUGCAGAGAGAGAUAGGAUGGUCUUAGAUAUAAAAGUGAAAUUGCAGGGCUUAUGGUUACGUCUUCUAAGGCUUGGGGCAACAGAGGAUCCUCUUUCAUCUUUCGAAUAUGGCACCAUUCUUGCUCUAAUUGAAUCUGAUGCUGAGGGGAUUGGUGGUAGUGGGUUUGUUGAAUGUAUAAGGGAGCAUAUUAUUUCGGGUUGGCAAUGCCGUUUGACUGAUGAACAAUUCAUCGCAGUUAAAGAACUGCUCAAAACUGCUAUAAACCGAGCUUCCUCUCGAAAUGACAUUGCUACCAUCAGAGAUGCUCUUGAAGUAUCUGCUGAAAUGUAUAGAAAGGAUUCCAACAAUGUUCCAGAUUAUGUUCAACGCCAUCUUCUAUCUCUCUGCAUUUGGGAUGAGCUACGCUUCUGGGAUGCCUAUUUUGAGUAUCUAAUGGAGCAGUCUGCAAACAAGUCAGCGAACUAUGUAACUUUAGUCACUGCUCAGCUCAUUGUAAUUGCAACUCACAUGGAUGGACUAGGACUUCCUGAUUCUGAUGCUUGGAACAUGAUUGAGAAAAUUGCGGAGAAAAACAACCUAGGUUACAAACAGCUUAUAAAGCUCAGGGCAUUUUUGUCGCAUAUCCAACAACUUCGGGUGGGUUAUUGGGGAUUCUCGUCUGGGAAAGGCCAGUCUGUGUCACCAUAUGGAUUGCCCUCGCCUCAUUUACAGGAUGGAGCAGAUGGAAGUCAUGAACCUACAGAAGCCUCUGUUGUUGGGCGGAGUUGGGUGCACAGCAUGUUUAGCAGAGACAGAAGUAUAAGAGCUAAUUCUUUUGGCCGAGUUCGUAAUUUCCAGUGAUGGCACAAAGACUGGUGCUGAUUCUGCAAAGGGAGACGUUACUCCUGGGCAGAAGAAACUUCAGUCCAGCAUGCGCAUACUAAAAGGUCAUACAGGCGCUAUCACUGCUCUUCACUGUGUUACAAGACGGGAAGUUUGGGAUCUUGUUGGUGACCGUGAAGAUGCUGGUUUUUUCAUCAGUGGAAGCACUGAU